GUCGGCUAAUUCCAAGACUAAUACAGUACGCAGUAGACUGCAGCUAAUUAGCACGAAACAUCCAUCCACAUAUCGCCCAUCCACAUCCGUCCCGUUCGCUGUGCCACUGGCGCUGACUGGUCCACAGUCACAAAUAUCUCAUCCACAACCCCUGCGAGCCGUUGGGGUGUUGGUUCAGAGCAGACAGACCUAGGCAAACUCGGGCAAUAUAUGGGGGACGAGGAGGGGUCGAUCCUUGGCUUUGUAGCGUUUGCUCCAGGUUGCGUUAGUCAGGCGGAGUCGGUGAUGCCAUUGCUAUCCCAGCCGUCCAACGUACCGCAAGUCUAUCUGGGUUUUUUUUCUUCUUCAAUCCCAUACAGCUCGAACAUUUUUAUAUAGGCGCCUGCUAGUCCUGCCUGUCGCUCAGCUGUUUCUGUCUUUCACUUAUCUCGGCGCCUCUUUCUCGCCCGCUUGGAUCCCUAUCAGUAACAUCGACCCCCAGCGCCCAUGUCUGGCAACAAAGAUCCCCAGCUCGUCGCGGGCGAAGAUGGCCUCGCCGGCUACGAGUCCGGGUCGCCUCACCUGGAUUCAAGCGAUGACAGCUCCGUCGACCCGGAUUCCGGCGUCAAGAGAGGUCUCAAGAAUCGCCAUUUGUCCAUGAUGGCCCUUGCUGGUAUUAUCGGGCCCGGUUUACUUGUUGGCGCGGGUGGCGCGCUUAACAACGGUGGCCCAGCCUCCUUGCUCAUAGGGUUUGGAGUAAUUGGAAUCAUCGCGUUUUCAAUCAUGCAGUCUUUAGGCGAGGUGACGACACUCUACCCCGGUGGAGGGAGCUUCAUACAACUUAGUGAUCGUCUCGUUGACAAGGCCUUCGCCGUUGGUGUUGGUUUUAACUACUUCCUCGUGUGGGCAACUGUGUUAGCGAACGAAUAUAAUGUUAUAUGCAGCAUCAUGACUUACUGGGGCCCCGUCGUGCCUCUGUGGGGAUAUUUCUUGAUCUUCUGGACGGUGUUUAUGGGCUUUCAACUCCUCGGCAUUGAGGCGUUUGGUGAGGCCGAGUUUUGGCUGGCCCUCAUUAAACUCGUGGGACUGACCGCCUAUUUCAUCUUCUCCAUCGUCUAUGCUGCGGGAGGUCUCGUUGGUCAGGGCGAACCGCUUGGGUUUACUUACUGGAGAGAUCCUGGAGCCUUCAACGGCAAUGGCUUCCGCGGCGUCGCCACCGUAUUUGUCUUCUGCUCGACAUUUUACUCUGGCGUUGAGUCGAUUGCCAUUGCUGCUUCCGAGACGAGAAACCCCGGAGUUGCUAUUCCCCAGGCCAUUCGCCAGGUCUUCUGGCGUAUUAUCUUCGUCUACAUGGGGUCCGCUUUCUUCUUUGGCCUUACCUGUCCCGCGAAUGCCGAUGGACUCGUGAACGGAGAGUCUAAGGCACUGAAGAGCCCAAUGACUAUCGCCAUCCAGACUGCUGGAUGGGAAGGAGGUGUUCACCUUAUCAACUCCUUCAUCCUCAUCACUUGCUUAUCCGCCAUCAACUCCUCCAUCUACAUCGGUUCGCGGACUGUUUUGUACAUGGCCCAGUCCGGCAAGGCUCCCAAGAUUCUUGGCUGGACUAACAGUAGGGGCGUUCCCGUCUGGGCAAUCCUCCUUACCAACGCUGUCGGCGCCAUAUCCAUGAUGAACGUAUCCACCGGCGCUUCCAAAGCCUACAGCUAUAUUGUCAACCUCUCUGGCGUUAGUACAUUCCUUGUUUGGGGCAGCAUCAGCCUCAUCCACAUCCGCUUCCGACGCGCCUGGGUGGCCCAGGGCCGAAACAUUAGUGAGCUGCCAUACAAGGCUCUCUGGUACCCUGGCCUCACAUAUUUCGGUCUCGGCGCCUGCAUUUUCUUGGCUUUUAUUCAGGGAUGGACGACGCUGUCGCCGUUCGACGCGGGUACCUUUGUCGACGCCUACAUCCUCAUUCCCCUAUUCGGAAUCAUCUAUGUGGCAUGCAAGCUGUAUUGGGGAAGUAGCGACCCGAUCAAGCGUAGCUGGUCGAUCGACCUUGAUAGUGGUAGGAGAACGGAUUUGGAUUCCAAGGGGUCGGUAAACAGGGGCGAGGUACCGGGGCAGACGACCUUUUGGAAGAAGCUCUUGCAGUCGUUAUAAGCGGGCAUGUUGCUCUUGAUGGAUGAACACAUGGAUGAGUGUAUUGGGAUAAUAAUUAGGCCCUGAUGUUACUUUUUAAUAAUGAUUCAAACCCAGAGACCAGGUCUGGUUAGGGCUCAGAAAAUGGUCUUCUGUGGCGGACCAUAAAGUGGACAAGUUGAGGAGACGCAUGUCGGUCCCUACAUGCUGACAUUGUUCCUCUUUUCCCGUGCUCUCGUAUCUAACUCAAUAAACUCAAUAAUAAUUAUUAUCAGGGGAUAAAUACU